AAUAUGCCUUUGUAAAAGUUAUUAUUUGCGGCAGCCAAUUGAAAAUUUUAAGUUCUUUAUAAUAGGCGAUCUCCAUCUCGUUAGUCAAAUUACCCUCCUGGCCCUGGUUGUUCAAAAGAUGGAUAGCGCUAUCAACUGGAUAAAUCGCUAUCCAGUGGAUAGGUGUUAGGAAAACCAAUUGCACUAUCAGCAGUGAAUACAGAUUUAUCCGAUCAUGGCCGAUGGAUUACCGUUAUCCACUUUUUGAACGAGCGGGGCAUGGUAAAUAGCUGAUGCCGGCCGUGGGCUGAUGACAUUUACGUUUUAGUCCAUUAGCCGGUCGCGGGCCGUUAAUUAAUUGUUCCAUUUGACAGUAUCGAUAACAAAAUUAAAACUUGAUGUGCUUGUCAGUAAGCAGAAGAGAAAUUCGGCUCGUGAUCGGUAAAACCCAGUGCACGCUGAGCUAUUGCGAAUAUCAAAAAUUAUUCGUAGAAUCUACUCUCAGGAAACUGCAUGGUAAGAAAUUUCAUAUUUUGCAGUUUUGACUUUUUUAUGUUUCUUGGCAAAACUCCAAGUGCUUGUUUCUUACUUUCUGAGGUUCUUUUUAAGUUUGCUCAUGGUAAUAUCACUGGCUUUAAUAUACGGGUCUUUUAUUUUCCCUAGUUUUAACGAUCAAAGAUUUUCUUUAACUUUUAAUACACUUACUAAGAUUAGUAUUUGGCGGGAUGUGGGUGGAGAGAAAUACCAAAUUAAAGUGAAAGUUUCAAGCAAUUCUGGUUUCAGUAAGAAAUUUUUGUCGUCUGAGUAUCUUCCGGAGUCAAUAUCUCUUCACCAUCUGUAAACCGUUAAUUGACGAACCUUUAUUUAUAGAAGUUACAGCUCUACUUUUCAACAAAAGUAAGAGUCCUUUUUUAAAACUCUUAUUUUCCGUCUGAUCAUAUGAAUUAUGCUGAUUUUUUUUAAGAUUAGCGUUGUCAUGGGAAUGCAACAAGAACCGGUGCAAUGGGCUGAUUCUGAGCGUAAUUAUCUGAUUAAAGAUUUAAAGAGAGAAAUUGAUUGAAGCUUAGGCUUGUGUUUAAAAUUUUUUCACCUAUGUUCUAUACACUAUCUAUAGCCCCCUCAUUGUUAGCUUCCCGCGCGAAAAAUAGGAUGUUCUGAGUUUGAUUCCUUUUUUCGUUUUUUUCGAUUUUUGUCAUAAUUGCGUUUUGUUUUAAUUUGUUGUUUAUAUAAUUAUUGUAUAUUCUUAUUAUACUUGUAUAUUUUUUUUUCCUUACUGACCUUUUUCCCUUUCCUUCUACUUCUCGCCGUUAGAACCAAAAAAAUGGGCAUAAUGAUAAAUUGAUGGAGAAUUGUUGGUUCGAUUCAAGAACUGCCAGCUGAGACUUUUGACGAAAUAAAGAGGAGUGAAGGUCACGCUGUUAGCGGAAAAUACUGAUUUUCCACUAUAAAAUCUGGUACAUCUGUUCUGGCUUAUUGCAAUAUGAAGACCAACGGUGAGUUUAGUCAGUUUCAUAAUCGUCGACUGAUUCUUGAGCCCUCUAACAAAUGCAACUUUCCUUUUUGUCUGUUAUUUGUCAUGACAACUGAAAAGAUAAAAUGAAAAAAUCUUCGGGUUUUUUAUUACGCCGCAUCGCUGACUAAGGUUAACCAGGAGAUGUAAACUACUCGGACACACAAAAUAAGACUUGGAAAAAGGAAAUUUUAAGAGCAAAAACUCAGGUUAGAUUAGUCUGCUACACAGCCGUGUUUUAAUGUCGUCGCAUAACGAUCGACAAUAAGAACUUUAAGAUCCAACGACGCGGACGGCAACAAGAACGUAAAAAAACGAUAGGUUUAAUGAGUAAAACAACAAGUCUUCAGGUGGCAUAACUCUUUUUUGUACGUUUCUUUGCCCGUUUUUGCACGACCACGACGUGAAAAUGCCUAGUUUCGCGUUUUAUGGAGUACGUAAAGAAGCAACUACGAAAGUUUGUUUCUGUCUCUGCACUUGGAUAUGGUCCCUAGGAAUUCAACUCCAGGAGGGUUCCCCUACAUUUGGCAAAGUAAGUGGGUAGGAAUAAUUGCGAUAAAGACUAAAAGAACGCAAAUUCACAUUUUAAGCGACGUUCUCGUUGCCGUCGGAGCCUUGGAUCUUUAAGUCCCUACUAAAAACGGCUUCUAGCAGACGUAUGUUAGAUAGGACUGAGUACUCUUGGGGUCUUAUGUAGGGGUAAAUGUCGCUCAAUAAUGUUUGUUUCUGUAGACAUUGACGAAUGUAGUGCUUCUUCUCCUGUAUGUGACAUCAACGCUAACUGCUCAAAUACUCGUGGAUCUUUUUACUGCACCUGUAAGGAAGGGUAUACGGGCGAUGGAAUAACUUGCUAAGGUAGGAGAAAAAACUUUUUUAUAUAUAAACAAGUUAAUUUGAAGGGAAGUUAGUUUACUCCGGCGAAUCAAAUCAAACAAAAUCGAACCAAAAUUCAGUCUCCCCGAUUAGUAAGGCACUGUGCCUGAGAAAUAAGACAUGAGACUUCAUUAUCAUUAUUGUUAUUGUUAUAAAAUUCAAUCGAACCCAAUCGAACACCAAUUGUUCUAUUGAGUUCGGUAAUCGAAUAUAAUCGAACAUCUAUUUUGCUGAGUUCGAUUAUUGAACCAAUCGAAUAAAAUAUAAUGCAAUCGAACUCAGUCCGAUUCGAUUUUGUUCAGAAUGCAUUUCUUGAUAAGUAGAUCACGCUGGAGUAAUUAUGCACAUGAGCAACCAAAACGCUGUCGCCAUAAUUCUUUCUAAGCCCUCAAGGGCGGCCAAGAGUGACGUGACAGGAUCGAAGAGGAUUAGGGGGACUGGUCACCGUACAAAAUUUCCGCAAACUAUACACUUGUUAAUAGGGUAACAUUUAGGCUUUUUUUUUUUGUUAUUACUUUGCUUUUCAUCCGUUUUAAUAUUUAAUCAUAAACAACAAGCAAACAGGAGUUCAGCAAUGGCAAGUUUAAUUGAGUACGACUCGUUGAUCGUUCGGUAAUCAAACGUUCGAUUAUGUUCGAUUACUGAACCGUUCGAUUAGAUACGCCGGGUUUACUGCAGUACCAUCAGAGAUAGGGCAGCUCGAUCCAGAGACGUGUGACAUAAUUUAGUAUUUAUUGAUCAGAUAGAUUACCACUAAAAGUGGCAGGGCAGCCCGGAUAGAAAGCCAGGGGGCUUAUUACAUUCAGGCUACCCAGUUACAAACAAAAUUCAGAGUUAUUUAAGUAUACCUAAAUGACAGGAGUAAGCUAAGUAUAAGUAAUAAGGUUAAGAAGUAUAAUUAUCAAUCAACAAUCGUACAACUCUACCUGCAAGGCAGGAUACAGUGGCGAUGGAAAAACUUGCCAAGGUUGGAGAAAAUACUUUAUUUAACAGGGUUUGAACUAGGUAUAGUUAGUUUACUACUCUACCAUUAAAGAUGGUAGUUUUCUAGGAAAGUGUGACAUCAUUUAAGAUGUCGACUAGUAAUGAGAUCCGCAUUAUAGUUUCUCAGUAUUACACAACAUCGGGAUGCUUGUGGACCACGUUUCUUUUAGGGGCCGCGCGUAAAUGUAACCUUUAAAGUCAGUUACUUAACAAAAGUGAUGUUUUACUAGAUUACUUAGCACCAUCCUCCGUCGAAAGGCCCACCUACUAGCACGAAAGAGAAACCUAAGAAAAAAGAAAAGGGAAAUUUAAAAAAAAGUGCAUCGUGCUAUACAUGUAGCUACUGAAGACUGCACGUUUUUGUUGAUGACAGCACUAACAAUGAGCAGCCAGAUGAAAACUCAGCAACAUUUUGUUUCCCUUUUGAGGAAUUUUAAUCCCCCAGUGCUUUCCGCAUGGAUUGGACAGGACUGAAUAUAUCCAUUAGGAAAGUUAUUUUUUACCAAAUUUUGUUUUUCUUAGACAUUGAUGAGUGCAGUGCUUCUCCUUCUGUAUGUGACAUUAAUGCCAUUUGCUCCAAUACUCGUGGAUCGUACCACUGUAUCUGCCAGGCUGGAUACAGUGGCGAUGGAAAAACUUGCCAAGGUAGGAGAAAAUACUUUAUUUAUAAUCUAAAGGUCAGUUAAAUAAAGAAUGGCGGUUUUCUGGAGCUCGUUCUCGUAAUUUUUAUAUUUAACCUUGAAUACAAACUACCGCCCCCUCAGCGAAUUUUAAAAAGCGAAAAGCCGAACAAAAUGAGUGAAGGAAGGAUUACACCAUGGUAGGACACGAUGGACGGACCGAAUGUGCAUUGAUUUAACCAACAAUAGAAAUGAAGAUAAACUCUUACAAGAUUCUGACGACUGCCGAGUUAAGGACAAAUAGGCGGAAAAUUGGUAUCAUGGAGUUAUAGUUGAAAUGCUAGAUUGAAAAAGGAUAUGAAGAUCUUGGAAAAGUCAGCACAAAAUCUUACAAAAAAACUUAUGAUCUAGUGAAAACAGCGUUCCCAUUCCGCUUACAACUCUGUCGCUUACGUUGCGCUUACUAAUGAAAACCGGAUUGUCGCAGUCGGAAGCAGAAGAGGAAGAACUAAACGAAUCACAAAGCGUGUAAACGUGCAUUGUGAUUGGUUUAUCCUUCCGCUUCUGCUUCCGACUCCGUUAAUCUGGUUUUCACUAGUUCAUAAGCGGAACGUAAGCGACGGAGUCGUAAACGGAGUUGGAAGAAAUGGAAACAUUCCGAUUCGUAAGAAAGCAUUUUUAUCAUAAAUUCAGUUAAAUGUCUCGUGAAGACGAUUUCAGAACUUGGUCAUAAAGUAUCAGUGCCGCGCGCAACGCCAGUCGUAAGUGUUGCGUCGAAAUACGAGGCCAAAAACAGGUGUUAAGCGGUCAAUCUGUGAAAAGUAACGCAAUCUCCGUCGCCGUUUGAGAGCAGCCAAAGAUGCUCUUGCCGAUGCUGUCCUUGAUCCCCUUGGUUUUUUAAUUCCAAGAUCUAGGAAACCCAUGGUAAGGUAUGAAACAUACACUCAUAGGCAUUGUUCUGUUCGGUAAAAUUUGAUUCCUAGACGCAAAAACGUUGUGAUUGUUGAAGUUUAUCUGGUUUAUUAUAGCGCUUUGCCCUUUGACAAACUUUAAAUACGUGACUCGUGCACUUUGCAAGAGUUGACAGCGUAAAUUUGCCUUUCUUGUGAGCAAAUGAUUUUAAGUCAUAUGAGAUCGCUGGAUAAACACAUAUUGGUUUGUGAAAGCUGAUAACAUCAAACCACUGUUGCUGAAACUGAUUUCUUUUCGUGUUUUUCCGAGUUUUUAGCAUCGGCCCGCUUAGCGAGGAAAGCUCAAAUUUCAGAAAAGUACUACUUGUAAUUUUUGGCCUCAAAAAAUUUUCUUUUAAGUUGCCCAUAGUUUUGAAAACAGAUUUUGAAAGAAGAGAUAACGCUCUUUAACGUGGUGAAAAACUCUUUAGUGAAAUCGAGGUACCAGUCGACGAUUUUGGGCUUUGAAAUUUGCCAUUUUUUUUGUCGAACGAAAACGUUCAAAAUAUUGAAAAUAAUGAAAAAUCUCCAAAAUAUUACAUUUUCGUUCGAACUGAGUAAAUCACCCCUUAAAACGUGUAUAAUUAUGUACUUUUCUGAAUAAGUUAUUUGUUGUUCGCAUUACAAUUGAUUUGAUUUUAAAAACGAUUUUUUCAUGACACGCCAUCUCGGGCCUGUAAAACCCCGGUCCGAGAGCCUCGAAACCAAUAACCCCACCGCACGUCUAAAAUAAUUAUCGGAUCGAAAUAAAAAUUACAUUUAUGUUAACAGCUUACCUAGUGCUACUUUGUGAAUUUUUUUGAGAAUUUUCGAUUUUUCACUUUUGUAGACCUCUGGUCGAUAUCUACUGACAUCCGCUCUUAAAGACCUUCUAACUAUCCACGUGAAUAUGUUUCUCUUCAACGGGACGAUAUACAAAUGGUAUAUUCCUUCUUGUUACUUUCGAUUCACACGUAAGCAUCCUUUUAGUCAUAGCUUAAUUACCAUGGUGCAAAAACACAGGUGUCAAAGAUCGCCCAUAAAGCUUCUCCCUUGGGGAUCGUGGGAUGGCAUUGUUUCUGCAGCUCCCGCACAAGCUAAUAUCGACUUUCGAAUGCUGUAUUUAGUUAAUUAUUCGGCGUAGAUAUAGGCUUAAUAACUUCACGCAAUAAUUUUGUGUUCGUUCCAAAUCACUUCGCCAGAUGACCUGAAAUGACCCGUCCCCUCUCCUCAGAAAUCGGCCCCAUUGAAGAGGAAUGGGACACGCAAAGUCUUCUGGGAGUUCCGUCCGCCUUUUUGUCUUUUUGCUGCACAGACGAGUUGGCCUCCAUUUUAUGAUUGGGCGUUGCCCUCACGGGCCGCCCAAGUAUAAUAAAAAAAAUUCUGUCUACAGCCACUUCAACAGAAAUCCCUAACCACAAAAAACGAACGAAAAAAAAAAAACCUGAGCAAACAACUCAGUAAAGAAGCUAUUAGACAGGGGAAGUUACGAGAAAUUACAAAAUGUUUGCUAUAACCCGUUUUUUUUCUUUAAUUUCACUUGAAACACUGCCAGGCUCCAUUUUGUUCAGUAUCCAGUGGAUAAGCCACUAUCCAGUGGAUAACGCAAUUGGUUUCGCGUACUACUCGGUCUUUCUUUGCUCUGAAAAACCAAACGAAACGCUUUCUACGCAGGCUGAAGGACAGCCGGCCUUCUUAGCUGUAUAUCUCGUCACUAUUUUCCUUCCGAAACACGACAUGGAGGUGUAAAAGCACAGGCGUGAUUAUACAGAAUGCCGAUUCUUGCUGGCUUCAUCUGCUUUCUGUGGUCCCUACAACGGUAGAAUCCGCGCCAACAGAAAGCCAGAAUAACCUUACCUUUAAAGGAAACUUCUUGCAAGAUAAACAACUACAAUUGUAAAUGCUUUCACGCUAGAACCAAGCUUGAGAAAAUAGCUACGGGCAUAAAUAUAAGACCACGUCAAGAGCCAUAAUAGGACAGAGAGGGAGUGUCCCAGUCACGCCUUUGGGAUAUUUUAAUUUCAAAAAAGUUAUUUUUAGAACUAUGCGGACCAUGCGAAAACAGUUGCCGGUAAACUGGUUGACUUCUUUAAGAUUCAGCACGCCAAAGCGAGGCGGGGUCAAAAAAUGAAAAAAAUGGCCGCUUAAGUGGAGGGAACGAAGAACUGGCUUAAACUUCUACACAAACGGUUCCUUUACGAGCAAGGGUACAAAAUAAUACAGUUAAAGCGACCGCGUUUUUGUUGGAACAGCUGGAAAGAGGACAAGUAGCAUUGCGGCCGGAAUAAGCGUUGAACACAAAAUGGCGGCCAGCGGGUCCUACAAAGACGACCGUACAAGCGACUGUGUAGACGUAUUUUCUGUUGACUCCCGAGGAAGGAAAAAAACCUAUAAAGGGUUCAAGUAUUUUUUUCAAGGACGUGACCAGGAAUCUUGGGAACACACCUUUUCCUGCUUGACUGAUAUUUUUUUCCGCACUUCACAUUGGACAAUUAACAAUUUAAACGCACUUACUCUUUGAACACGAGGUGAAUAGAAGCUGAAUAUUCGCGGCGACGUUAAUAAUCCUAAAGCCACUAUUCACUGAGAUUGAAAAGAGUCUCAACAAAACCAGUAAGGAAACCAUUCAAGUUCAAUUGAUGGAUCAAUUCAUGUGUGAAAAUCGGUAUGCGCAUACGUUUGAUCUUUACAGAAUCUUCACAGAAUUUUCAAACAUUGCAAGUCAAAUCACGCUUAAAAAAUCCUUUCGCAAACAAUAGUCUAAUGGGUUAUAUGGAAUGGCCAGAAGUUUAAAUUGUGCCUCCCAGCCUGUUUAUUGUGCAGCUUGCGCUGUCCUUUGUAAGUGCAAAAUGGUGGCCCGGUUCCUUAAGGCAAGGCGCCGUUGUUUCUUGUAGUUUUCUCUGUCGUGUUUAAUUGAAAUCUCGAGUUUUCGUAAAGAUUUGCUUGUUAAGGGGUAUUUUCAUCGUGUUAAUAAAGGUUUCAACCAAUCAUAAGAGUUGCAAACAAUGGCCAAGAAAAGUUGACAUAUUAAUUUCACGUUCCUCACAUGGGAUAUCUGUUUUAUUCAGACCCUUAUAAGGAUUCACAUACAUGCUCCUUUGCAAAGUUUUCUUGAAACCAAUCAGAAAUAUAACACAGACAAUAGCAAAGUGAACACUUUUUUGCAUUUCAACAUGUUUAACCAUGGAAUGUACUGAAAUAUUAAUGUUGCAUCUUGAAGCCGAGUCUGCAGGCAGAACAAGUUUGUGUAAUCUUUUGCUUGUAAGGCAUCCACCAUGACACCUCAAUUUUUCCCUUUAAAUAAUCUAAACCCACAUGUUGGUCCCGGACAAUGAUUGAUCCGAGCCUUGUGCAACCACUAAGACAUCACAAGAAAUUGAGGUUGUUAAACUGAUCAGUAUUGAGGAUAUAACCUUCAUUAAGGAAGGCUUUAAGUUAAAAAUGGCAGCAUCACUGUAAAAUAAAAAUCUAUAAGAACUUCCUUUGGUAAAACCUGGACCUCUUAAUUAGGUCAAGUUUCUUUAGAAAACUCAUCUAAAAACAACAAAAAGUGUAGUACCCAGGUGAGUUAAUCAAUUUUUGCAGAUGGGUUGAGAGAGACAUUCUGGAGCAAUAAAACAUAGUGUGUGACAAUCAAUGUCUCUCAGUGUCUUCUUGCCCUGGCUUGAAAGAUGUUAUGUUAAGGAAAGCAUCUAGAAGGAGGCAAAUAUUAAUAUCAAUGUAGUUUGUAUGAAAACGUGUGUCACUCAGUUCAGUGGUCACACUCUUCCUAGUAUUCCUCAAAUUUCAAAUCCCAAAUGCCUCGGCAGCCACAUAUUUUAACAAACUUAUGAAACAUAAAUAAAUAAAUAAGUGCUCCCUUGCCCCAAAUUAUAGAACCUGCACUGUUUGUCAAACUUGUACAUCAUUUUACCCACUAUCGGUUUUGUGGCAAGGUCAUGACACAUCUGAAAAGAGAAUUUAUGAUUGCUAGUAUUAUUGUUCUUUCAAUUCAACCUGUCAGAAAACAAGAGAAAAAAUUGCAGACAGUGAAAGACAUACAACAUAAAAAUGAUGUACUAUGAAACCUUCACAUGUUGUAUAUGAUGAUUUAUAGCAGAGCUCUCGCGCGCGAAGCGCGCGCAGCGGAGCACCAUGGGUAAAAAAAUGUGGUAAACUACCCAUCGGAGAAAAUUUAGUAAUCACGUGACCGUACACCGACCGCCCGCCCGCCCGACCGUCCGUAAGCCUUGCAUAAGGAUUCAGUUCCUCUCUAUUGGCACCCUCACUCAUUCUUCUUUUUACAAUUUAUUUUUUUGCAUGUAAGAUCAAGUUAUAAAUAAAGAUCCUGUAUAAUUAGCCGGACAUCCACACAACCUUCGGUUCUGCCAGGAGCCGAUUACUUGAAGCCUCCAUACCUGCUGUACCCUUGAGUCAACCCAUUCCCGUAAAAAAUUAUUUUUGGAACAGGCUUUCCCGCGAAAUUAAUUUUAAUUAAUUGUUUUCGAGGAUGUCCGCAUAUUUCUGUAGUGAGAAAAAAAUGGCGACGAAAGAGGGAAAUUGGCCAACAAGUUUACUCCUUGUUCCAUCACCGUAGCUCCUGCCUCCGUUCCUUCCCUUACAACCGAGGAAGGCUGGUUUCGAGUUAAUAUAAAUAAUAUGUAAUCUGGCUUAAAAAUAUUGCUAUAUUUUGUUGCAACGCACGAGGUCGUGUUUGCUGUUGUAGCACCGUUCGGAUGUUUAAAUUUUGCUCGUAAUGUUGUAUUCCAUCGCCGUUAUUUUAAAGGAGCUUUUCAAAGAAAUAAAAAGUGAAACUGUUUGUUGGAGAGCCAGACUUUUUAAAAGGAAAUUGGAGCGCUCACGGUAAGGUCUGUAUGGAACCGGCAAAUCGGAGGCAAUUUUGCGCCUUCCGCGGCCUUUGUAAGUAGAAACUGUCGUGUCUUCUGUGUCUUAUCUACCGCAACCUGGGACAGCGAAAAUCAAGAUGUUUUCUCAUGAUUUUGAAGGAUUUCAUUUAAAGAAGCAAAACGUCGAAGUGAAGAAAGGUAUCGGCUUAUGUUGUCCGGAUUUUUAUUUAUUUUGAUGGUGUUAUAUAAGUUAUCAUUUAGUUGCCACAAGACAUGAAAGCUACAAAAACCCUUUGAGUGCAGAAUUAUCAAACUCAGGAAGAAAUUAAACACUGUUUGGCAAUCACAUUAUUUCUCAAGAUGCUACAAGAUUUCAUGGCCGCAGCAUAUACUUCUAGACCUCAAAUAACCGCAAAAGAAAUAUGCAGGAGGACGUGACAUGUCGAAACAUAUAACUUCCGCUGUGAAACCUUUAAGAACCUUUCUUUCAUUCAAGGAUUCUAAUCUUUCGAAGUCGCUAGCCCCAUCGGCUCACUCCUUUUUUAAAUUUUAUGACUGCCUGUUAUUUUCCUUGUUUACAUGUUACUUAGUUUCUUAGUAGCAAGAGAAAAAUACCAGGCUCAGUAGAUUCUGUAUCGACAGUUGUAUUGUGUGAAUGAAACCCUCAGUAUGUUAGGUACACAACAGUAAAUUUCGCUUUUAAUUCGAUUUCAUUCGUGUUGAACAUCUCGUUUGUUUUGUUUGAUAUGUGCACUUGAAAUAUUUGCCGUUGAGAUUGUAUGUUAUCAAAAGCUGUUUUCAUCCACAGCCACAUUAAAUUGGCUUAUAAAACUCCGUUCAUAAUUCGCGACCUCAGAUCUCGCACAAUUACAACCGCCGCGCAAACGGAAGAUGCGGUCCGUGUUCGAUCUAUAACACAGUUGGAACAAUUACUUCAAAAUUAACUGUGGGUUGAUGCAGUGUGGUCCUUUGUGGAAUUAGUAAAAAGCUCCAAAGCAUUGCACAAGUGAGUUAACCAGUAAAGUAAAGUAACUAAAGAGCUUGAUUUUCAAUAUUUAUUUACCCGCUGCCGAGGGCCGGGACUGGGUGUUCGUGAUAAAACUUACGAUAUGCAGCCAACUGUCAAGAUUACAAGUAAACUUGAAGACGUCGCAUGGGUGUAUCACCUUUUUCUUUUUGUUUUUAGGCUUUAAGAGGUCCUGCGCCUAAGAAACGACCGAUGAUUUCCGGCUAAAAAAUAAAAUCGGCCGAUUUUUAUCUCCCAAGUAGAGGUUACCGAAUACUAUUCAAAAAUGAAUUUCUUUUGUUUCAGUUUCACUUUUAACCAAAAAUAUCGAGCCGCAAACUUUUUCCGUCUGAUAGCAGCAAAAUCAGGCCUAAAAAUAAGCCCUCGCAAAAAACGGUUCAGAAAUCACUAUCGCAACGCAAAAUAACAAGAAAACCACACAGUGUUGAAGAGAAAGGCCUUUUAAUGCAAUAUCAUUCGAUAAACAUCGAAAAACUGCCCAAGGGAAUAAAAAAUAAAUUUUCAAAUAUUGCAUAUUAAAUUAGAUGGAGCGUUGGAGCUGAUUUUAAAAUAAUUAUUUCUCAAAAGUUCAACGCUGUUGAAAGCAAUCACAGUGAUGAAUCAGACAUUGGAGGGAUAUACAUUACGAUUCAGGAAAAACAUUUUUCGGCCAAAGUAUAUUGGCGUUGUACAAAGCGUUCAAAGUUGCAGUGUUUACCGUUAUCUUGCUACUUCGGCGAAACACUUCUCUGUUGCCAAUACGGCCGUAGAUAGCGUGGUAAACGCCACUUUAAUCCUUGCUAGGUGCUCAGAGACCAUCCUAAGUAGAAGGACGUAGAAUUAAAAGAGAAAGGAAGAUGAAAAAUAAGCAGAAAAAGAAAACAACUCGAAAUUACCAUCUGCUGACGAAACUUGAAUCUGGAAAAUGUCGUCGCGUGACAGCGGCCAAUGACGUCAUUUGUCUAAACUGCGGCGGAAUCUAAACGAAUGCACAACUUCUUCGCGGCCAGAAAGCACUUAGUGAAACAAUGUAAUGUUAUUUUUUCACAAGUACAAGCGAUGCCAGGUGACUUAAAAGAAAAAAUUCCCGUUCCGCCGCACCGUUUUGGCCUCAGCGUGAUCUGAUCUUUGUGGGGUCACGAGUCGACGCUUCUGGCCAGCGGUCUAUUGAAAGAAAUCUGACCCCAUCUUUUUUUUUUCGGGCGAGAAUCAUUCAUGUCAAUGUCCAAUGUAUUCCUUCAAGUAAAAAAAGAGAGAGAUAUUGGAGUACUGUUGCUCGCGAGAACGACGAACAUCUUGGUCCCGAAAACUGAGUUCAUUACGCCCAAGAAUUACGUUUUUUUUUUUUUUUCCAAGGACUAGUAUGUGGCGCUAUAAAAUGUAGCUAACAGAUUCAAUUCUUGGCACAAUGAUUAGCCUCGCGUUUAGUAUUUUCUUGGACAUCAAAGUAUCGGGGGUGACGCUAUUGGGUGCAAUGGCGGACUGACGGAAUGACGGAACGGAAUGAUGGAAUACAUGGAAUAUUCUAAAAUAUGGAAUAUACGGAGUACUCUAAAACGCAGAAUAAGAGAAAAAUCGUUUAAAAAAGGUAAACAUGUGUACAGUCGGCUCCAAUAACUCGAACUCUCGCUACUGACUCGAGCCUCGUGCUAACUCGAAGUAAUACUAAUUUUUGUUUCUCUUCAGAUCAUUUAUAUAUAAUUUUACCCUCAUUAACUCGAACCAUGUUUUAGGUGUGUGACAAGUAAAAGAAUUGACUUACCGUAAUGAUUCGAUUUAGCGCCCAGGCGCUUAUUUACUUUUGGUGCCUCUAGGGAGGACGCUUAUUCGGGACAGGGCGCUUAUUUCUUUUUUGAGAAACAGCCAAAUGUUAAAAAAAAGAACUUUGACAUUUAUUUCAAAACAAACAAUAUUUAAAACUGUAGCAGUAACAAAUACUGACGGUGAAUGCGCAGUUAAUGUGAGGGACUUACCUUGAAACUUGUUGGGCACUUUGUUGAUGGGACUUUUCUUCCUUAUAUUAACCUUUCUUAAAAAAACUCGCGGUGAGAACAAAGUGCAAGUCGAUUAAGGUAAUGGAUCAAGGACACUGGAAAACGGACUUGUUGUCCCUGGAUCCUUCCUCGCUAGAACGACCAGCCGAGCAAUCUCCACAAUAUUUGAAGAAGAGAUCAUUCCUUUGAAGACUUUAUGCACUCACAUGGAUAUAAGACCACUGUUUUUAUAAUGUGGAAAUACCGUUCGGUUGUGAGCUAUUAAAUGAAGAUGAACCUCGGUUGAUACGCACCCGUACUCUUCCAUAAUAUUAGAAUGGGGGCGCUUAUUAACGAAACACAUUUCAAGGGGGCGCUUAUUGGAAGGAGGGCGCUAAAUCGAAUCACAGUUUUGGAGGCCGUCUUGACGGGUAAGCAACCACCUGAAAAUAUACAGUGUUGAGUGUAAUUUCUUUCCUUCUUGCCGAAUAAAAUUUCCCAGGAAAAAUUGCGGACAAAUGUCUGGAAAAUCUAAAGCAAGCGACCGGACAAAUUUAGGCACGGGUGCGGCCCCCAUUAAUUGUUAGUACAAUCCUGUCAAGCUUAAGUUUACAAUUCUUUUUUGUUACACUGGACGAAAAAAUGGAUUUACUAGGGUAGCCAAAUUACAGCAAAUGUGUAGCAAAUACCACAUUUGCACAAUUUUGCGCAAGAGCAAAGACUGAUAUUGCACUAGAUUUGCUAUCCGUAGCAAUGACGGUAAAUGCCACAUUUGCACAACAUUUACAUCUUGGUGCAAAGAUAAUGGGCAGCCAUGGAUUUGAGGGUCAUUUGCAGAUGGUUCAAAUGUGUAGGCAAAUAUGUUUCUUUGAACUAUAUUUGCACAUUACGCAAAUGAUAGCGCAAAUCUGCUGUUUUGCACAGCUUUUGCUUUAGAUGUAAAAGCAUGUAAACCUGUUAUUUUCAGAACGUUUACGCAGCUUUACAAAUGUGAGCGAAGUAUCUAAUUUGAACAAUGUUUGCUUGGGUUAUCAUGGGUGAUCAAAUUUCCAUAAUUGAACCAGAUUGCUUUGCAUGGCAAAUGUAACCAAACUCUUUGUAUUAAACAUGUUUGCUCACGAAGCAAAUGUUAGCAAACCUAAACUUUGAACAAAUUUUCUAGGGUGUGCAAAUUUGAUCAAACACAAAAUUUUGCUUGUAGCGGCAAAUGUGGUCAAAAGUCAAGUUUUGAACAAAGUUGCUUGGGCAGCAAAUCUGAUCAAACUGGUAGUAUUGUACAAUUUUUCGCUCAGGUAGCAAAUGUAAUCAAAUUCUGACUUUAAUUUGGUUAGCAAAUGUCAUCAAACCCAUAAAAUUGAGCAUGUUUUCUCCAGUAGCAAAUUAAUGUAAAUUCCAAGGUUUAAACGAGUUUGCUUGGGUUGUAGCAAAUGCGAUAAAAUUUUAAAAAUAUUUUAAAUUAUAAUAUGGCCCACUUCAGUUUCUUAACAAGUGGCCAUAAUUAAUCAAACAUUAAAGUUACUGAAAGAAAUUCUAGCAGUGACCUCCCAUUAAUGUUCAAAUGAUUUAUUCCAUAAACCAAAGUGGCUUACACAUUAUUACAGACAUUACAAACUACAGUAUAAAGCUGUACAUACAGCUCUUCAUAUUAAUUCCCAAUUUUACUGUUCGUUGAUGUUUACUUGUCUCCACUCUAUGCUCUAUCAGAUCAUUACUAACUAUUAAUAUUAUAAGAAAAGUGUUCUUCAUCUAAAUGUGUAAGAUAUUCUACAUACAGCUGUAGGUGUUUCAGAGUUGCCUCAAACCUAUUUCAGUUCUUUAGGUUUUUGCAACUCAGAAACAGGUUAAAAAUCCUUUCACCCUUGGACCAAUAUUUACUUAUGACAAGACUAUUUCUUACUUAAACUUUUGUAUCUAAGGACCAAAUCCUGUUUCAACGAAAUGGAACCCUCAAGACACCCAUUUUAAUAAAUAAUUAGUAUUUUUGUAUUUAUUGCUAUUUACAGAUUAAACAAAAUUUGAUUCUGGUGGCAUUUUUUCCUUUAGGCUCUAUUAGCAUGAAAGGCCUAAUUCUUGCUACCAAUUUACAAUUUUUGCUGGUAUAACAACUGUGUUAUAGCAUUUAGCAAACUAAGAAAUAGUUUAGGUACAUAUAGCUAUUCAAAUUCAGAUCAGACUUCUUUAACUUCAUUUUCGUUGCUAAUGGUUCCUGUAUGGUAUUGGAUAUGCUCUUAGAGGAAGUACCAGCCGGAGCUUCUAGUACUUGCCCCGUUCUAAGAAAAUUGAGGGUCAUGAAAGUAAUGACCAGCUAUAAGUAUUCCACAGCAUGUCAACAUUACCAUUGUCACUGUAGUUGGUCCCAAUGAAAGAAGCUAAUAAUUAUUUUAAAGUCAGUAUACAUGUACAUGUAGUACAAAAGGUUGAUCUGGCUAGCCUGCAAAAUAACUACACUGCUGUCUCUCAUUACUCUUUUUCUUGAGUCAUGUUGCAAUCCUUUGCAAAAUUCCGUAAUAAAUCAUGACAAAAAGCAGGGUGUACCUAAAUUUGUUUUGUUUUUUUGUUCAAGCAGGUCAGUUGCAAAUUUUGCUGUAAUCGGUACAAAUGUACUGUGAAGUGGUGCCAGCAGAACUCAAAUGCCUGCAGUUAAGCAAACAGAUUUAAAAGAAACAUGUGUACAUUAAUUGGCCUUUUUAACCUGCUGACUGGUACAUUACUUGCAAACAAUAGCCAAAGGAUUCUAAUGAAAAAUUUAUCACAUCAACCAAUUUGAUCUACCUGCCACCAGAUUCUCAGGACAAAUCAACACCAUCAGGAUUUGUACUGUUUACACAGAUUUAUCUUUUUCUAAAAAACAGUGUCAUAAACAGAGAGUGAUUAAAGGAUUACUGUAUUUGCAGAGCUACAUGUACAUGUACCUGUAAGUAUGACCAGUCAUAAAUAAUCUGGAAUUUCUUUAAGAGCCUUGGAUUAACUUAUAUUUCCUUAUCACAAAGCAAAUUCAGGAGCAUUAUCUGGUGCCUCCUGCUCUGAGGAGAAGCCAUUCGUCCUUUCUAUCGUCAUUGAGUAAUGACAAGCUUACAUGUGACUGUUUUAAUUUUGCUUUACUGUUCAGCUUGGCAAAGAGGUUUUUACAGGCUAAGUUGUUGACUCCUCCAUGCUAGAGGCCUCCUGCAAAGCAUCUCCUUGGUCUGUAUUGCCUUGCUCUGAAGACAUGUACUCCACAAUUAUACAAGCUUUGAACUUACAACAAUCCUUCUUCGAAAUAGAGGUUGACUGGAAAAGGGUUGUCUCUUCAGCUUUUUCUGCAACAAACAGAAAUUAUACAUAAUUGAGACCAUUAAUAUUGAAACUAAAGCUGUAGAUGCUUGUCAUGAAAAAUACUAUUGUCCUUUUCUGUCUAAAUAUUCUAGCCUCUUAUAGCAAAAAAGGUUGCUAUUAGAUAUUACAUGUAUUAUUACUGGCUCAGUCACACUAGGUGACUAAACUUACUUAUUUCCUGAGUUAACUGAUAUCAAAAUUAACUAGUUUAAACAAAUUGCUGGCUUGUAACUUUAAUGUCUCAAAUCUAACCCCAAGCGGUCAUCAUAAUCCUGAUUACACUGUACCUGUUAAAACUAAGACCUUCUUUGAGCAAAAACAAAACGAAAAAAUGAAUGCGAGAAACCCUUUUGUAACAAGACAAUUGACUCCAGGUAAAUCAUUGUAUUAAUUUUAUAGUGAGUGUCCCACUACAUCACUACCAUAACAACAUUAUUGACAUAUUACUUAAAACUUUAUGAACCUGCUUCUUCUGCAAUAUUGCCAUCACUUACAGUGUAUCUUGGGAACAAAAGUUUAAUUACCGUAUUUAUUCAAUUAACCACCCUGGGCGCUUAUUAAAUUUUUGGGCCUUGAUAGUGGACGCUUAUUCGAGGUGGGCGCUUAUUCGAGGCUGGGCGCUUAUUAAAUUUUCGCCAUUCUCAGCAAGUGUAGUAUGUUUAUUUUGCUACAAAAUAAUAAAUGGUAAUAACAAAAAGCGAAGAAGUAACAAAGCAAGGUUUCAGCCCAAUCUGUAAAAUACUCUGAAGAAAACUCCGUCUUCGGGAGGGUCUCUUAUUAUGUCUUAUUUGAGUUUGUGUGGGAGGGAGUGGGGUGGGGUGGGCGCUUAUUCGAGGCUGGGCGCUUAUUAACUUUUUCUGCCUUUGGGAUGGGCGCUUAUUCGAGGUGGGCGCUAAUUCGAGGUUGGGCGCUUAUUCGAAUAAAUACAGUAUACUAUAAUUGCCUCAUAUGAGAGAAUCCAAGACAGUUUUAGAUUCUGGAUUCCACGCUGCGGAUUCCGGAACCUUUUUCAGUGGAUUACUUGGUUUCUGGAUUCCAAUCGUUUGACUUGUAUUUCAGGUUUCAAAGCUCAGAAUUUAGGAUUCCGCAACAAAAAUUGCCCGAAUUCUGUAUUCCAUAAGCAAAAAUUUCCCGGAUUCCAGAAUCCCUUACAUGGGGUGAUCAUAAAAAACAAUCAGUGAAAGCAGGGUACCAUGAUCUAAAUUCUAGCUACACUAUGUUUUCAGCACCAUGGCAGUCACUGCCUUUACUCCCCUUUUAAAUUUUGGAAAAGCCUUUGGAGAAAGUAGGCACUAGAGGAUAAGGUUAAUUUUGGCCUAAUAGAGGGGAAUUAACGCUUGCUUCAAUUCUUAUUAAAUUUUCCAAGACCAUUUAUCUGAAGAGAACAACCAAACAAAAGAUUACAGUAUUUUUUUACAACAACAGGACAAAUAAAGUUUCAGGAGUAGGGUGGUCCUUGUUGAUUACUGAAUAUUGGAAUGCAAAUGUCGGUAUUAUCAAAUAGCAUCAUUAGCGGCUUAACAGUAACAACGAACUUUCUUAUACUUACUGAGCAUUUCUUUUACUCCCGAUUAGUUGCUCCCUCAGCAUUUGUUUGUCCUCAACAUUUCUCCUGCCUCUUCUUAGUUUUACAAUGUCUGCUAAUUAAAACAGCAUCGAUUCACCGAAAUCUAUUUACUAAGUACUAACGGCUGCUUUUCUUGGAUCCACUCGUUACUACUUGAUCGUCGCCGAUGGAGAUAUCUAGAUGUCUUUCAUGGUGGAUUUUCGUCGAAGGAUCUAUAAGUAUGCAGUUCCCUCGAGUUCGAGCGAUUAUUUUUAUAAGUUCUUCGAGGACACAUUCGUUCGAUAAAUUCGAACAAAUAAGACUGGCCGAUUCCUCCAUACUCGACAGUCAACCCCACAAAGAAGGAAAAUUCGAAACCUCUUGAUAAAUAUGGCGUUAAACGUACGAAGUAAAAGCUGAUGGCAAAUCGAUGGCAGUGGAACGCGUUAACGGUCGACGAAUUUCAAUUGUUGUGCCUCGUUCUCGAACGGUUAUGCAGACUGUCGCUGACCAGCACCACUGAGGCGCAAAUCCUUGGGAAAUCGGACGCGCGGUCUUUUGGCGAUUUGGCGGGAGGAAGAGGUUGCCUAUGUUGCUGGAUUUCUUCUCAAGGAUGUUCGAAAUUUAAAAGGUAAAGUCGAUGUAUUUUGCUUUGUAUAUCGUGCUUCUACUGCCACAUCUAUGUUAUAACCGGGAAUAAACUACAUUUGCAUCCAUAUUUACAUUUGUAGCAUGUAUGAGCACGCGUGUCGCGUGCGUAUAUGUGGUAGUGAUCCAGCUGAAAAAAGCCUUGUUGAAAAAUUUAAGUGGUGUUAAGUCAGCAAAAUAUGUAGUUAUGCAAUGUUAAAAUGCUAAUUUAUUGGUAUUUGGCAGAAGUAGCUCAAGAUUAAUUGCUUGAGUAAUUUAUGCUACCUCUGGUGCUAUAUUGACAUAUUGAGCGUAAUACCUGUACAUGUACCAUUGAUUUUGACAGGGGUAGGGUGGAGCCUUUAUUUUAUAUACGUUCAGCGUGCAAAGAAAGUAGUGUCCGAUAGCCCGGGGCUAGCGGAUUUUGCUAUCGGGCUAGUAAAUUCUGUUCUUCACUUGCCCGACGGGCAAGUAUAAUGCAGUUUGAGGAAUUCACCUUACAGAAGAACUGUUAAAUCAAAAAUUUUGUGGGUAGUUGAAAUGACGUUUGGGCUAGUAAAUGUUAGCUUCAGCUUGCCCAAAUGGCAAGCUGUAAAAAUGACUUUCUUUGCACCCUGUACGUUACUGUCAUUUUUUUUUCUGUUUUGUUUUGUCAUGUUUUUCAUAUACAAAGUUGUUUUUUGUUUAUAAUAGUUUAUAAUGAUACAGCUGUACAUGUAAGCUGAGUCAAAAGGUCAAAAAUGCUAAAAUGUGCCACAUGUGUAUUUAUAAUGUUCAUAAAGAUAAUGGCAACACAAGUAACACAAUUCAUUUAAUUUCACAAUAUUAUCAAUAAAGGUAGAAUUAACAGUUAUUUUUAGUGGGUUUAGUGACUUUUUUGUGUAUUUGUUUCAGAUUUUUCCUUGAGUGGUACUGGAGUUAUUUCCAAUGUUCUUGAAAUUGAGUUGCAUCACCUGAACUCUCAAAAGAUAAAGAGGUCAAUGAAAUACAGGUUCAACAUGGGAAGCUGUUUGUGGUCUGUGCAUGAAGAAAUGCUACAGGGGUAUUCCAGUGGGUCUCAAUUUAUUUACAGUAAUCAUUUUUUCCUCUUCACAAGAUGACAGAAUUGAAGCUUAUAUACUGAAUGCUCGCAUCCAUCAAUACCCCAUCUGUUUGGGGUAAAUGUCACAAAACAGAAACCUCACAUGUACUUCCUUGGGUUAUAUUUUUACCAUCUUUACAAUAUUAUUUUUCUUGUUCUUUGUGCUUUGCCCUGCUAAGGAAAUUCAUGUCCCUUUCACAGUGUUCUGCGGGAACAUAAUGUACUGAAAUUGUGUGAAGCUAUAGAACAUUUGCACUCAUACAGGUUUCCCCACAGAGAUAUAAAGAGUGACAACAUUAUUCUUACAGAGGUAAACAAUAUGUACUACCCAAUGCUCAUUGAUUUUGGAAAGGCUAUCUUGCUAUCGGAUGCCCCUUCAAAACAGCAGUCCAUGACUGCUCACUAGCACUGACAUAUAGCUUAAGAAAUAUGCCUCAGAUAUUAUGUUUUAAAAGACAAAAUCAUAUUGAACUCAAAAUCAGGGUUGUAAAGAGCAGCAAAGAAAUUAUUCAUUCAUGUCUGUGCUGAGUUUCUAUUCAAAAUGAUAUGAAAUACAAAGCAAUUUCACCAUUUGUUGUAGUAUUGGCUGUUGGGCUUUCAAAAUGUGGCCAUUUUUAGGGAGGCUUACCAUCAAGAUGUGGUCAUCUCUAGGUAUAGUCAGUGAAAACUAGAACAAAUAGCGGUAAGAACAAAAUUGUCAGUUUUGAUGUGAAUUUUCUUGAAUAAAUGGCCAUGAGGAAAUUGUGUACAAGUGAAUAAUCUCAACCCUGACUUUGAAAUGCACAGAACCUUUUUUUUUUUUUUACCAAAUUUAAGGUACUGUGGGUGGCCUUGUUAUUGUUAGCUUUUUAAUAAUAAUAUUAUGAUGUAGAAAAAAUACAGUAAAUGAUCUGACUACUGGACCUUUGUCCAGUAGAUUUGUUGUAGUGUAUUUACUUAAUGUAAAGGGGAGGUAGUGUGGGCCCUCUGUAACUGUAUACAACAGUUACUGUGUCAUUUUGAAUUUUUAGUUUUAGUAAUUGGAGAUCCCUGCCCAUUGUGCGACCCUAGGCUUUACUAUUAUCAAAUGACAGAAGGGGAAUGUAACACAUGCCCAGGUUAUGUACCAUUGACUCACUUCGAAGUGGUUAUGUGAUUUAGAAUUGGACCCAAAAAAAGACCGGGGCCCAGUUGUUCCAAAGACCGAUUAGCACUAACCCAGUGCUAGAUUUUAACCUGCGUUUCUUUUUCCUUUUAAUCAAAAGCAUUUUGUCAGAUAAUUUUCCCUUUUUUUUAAGUAUCAAAUCACCAAAUUGUAGACAAAAGGAAUUCAAAUGAAUUUGUUUUUAAAACUGUCAUAUCUGAAUUCAUAUUUCAUACUAACCUUGGGUUAUCUUAACCAGCUUUAAACAACCCAGCCUGGAAGGAUAAUAAAUGCUGCAUGUUAAUUUGUUUCACCGCCUUAGUUUUUUCUUUAUAGCUUACAACUUUUCAUGAUCCAAGGCCAACUCAGAGCUCCUGUAACCCAGUAGGGGUCUGUUCAUUUUUUAAGGGGGGGGGACCCUCUCUUCAUCCUUGUAUCCCAAGAUCAAAUAACCAGGAUUCAGGUGAAUUUUAGCCAGCAAAAAUGCUAUGACUUUUUUUGGAUUGAAUAGGUAGUACUUAAUGAACAGUGAGACUCAAACUCAGGGUUGCAAACAACAAAGUUAGAAAAAUUAGCCUUUCAUAAAUUUGUCAGCUGAGUUAAUGUUCAAAUAAAAUUGUGAGCAGUUUCACCAUAUUUUGUUGUAGUAUUGGCUGUUGGGUUUUCAAAAUGUGGUCAUUUUUAGGAAGCCGGCCAUCGAGAUGUGGUCAUCUCUAGGUGGGCAGUCAAAACUACAACAAAUACCGGUUAAACUAAAAUUGUUGGUUUUAAAUUGAAUUAAGUUUGUUGGUUAAAUGGCCAUGAGGAAAUUAUGUACAAGUGAAUAUAAGCACAACACUGAGUUUGAAAUCCACAAAACUUUUUAUUUCGGACCAAAUUUGAUUUUUUAGUAUGAUGUACAAAAAAUACAGUAAAUGAUCUGACUACUGGACCCAACCUUGUGUUAUCUUAACCCAUCUUUGAGCAAACCCAGUCCAGAAGGACAAAUGCUGCAUGUUAAUUUGUUUCACUACCUUAGUUUUUUCUUUAUAGCUCUAGACUUUUCAUGAUCCAAUGCCAAAUCAGAGCUCCUGUAAUCCAAUAAAGAUCUGUGCAUUGUUUAUUGUGCAGGGGUGGGGGGGGCUGUCAGGUAGGAUUUGACCAUUCGACCGGUAGCUCCUGUAGAUCCUCCUUGUAUCCCAAGCAAAUAACCAGGCUUCAGGUGAAUUCUAGCCAGCAAAACUGCUAUGACUUUUUGGAUUGAAUAGGUAGUGCUUAAUGAACAGUAAACCUCAAAAUCAACAUUAAAAUCAGUGGAACUCAAACUCAGGGUUGCAAACAACAAAGUUAGAAAAAUUAGCCUUUCAUAAAUUUGUCAGCUGAGUUGAUGUUCAAAUAAAAUUGUGAGCAGUUUCACCAUAUUUUGUUGUAGUAUUGGCUGUUGGAUUUUCAAAAUGUGGUCAUUUUUAGGAAGCCGGCCAUCGAGAUGUGGUCAUCUCUAGGUGGGCAGUCAAAACUACAACAAAUACCGGUUAAACUAAAAUUGUUGGUUUUAAAUUGAAUUAAGUUUGUUGGUUAAAUGCAUGGCCAUGAGGAAAUUAUGUACAAGUGAAUAAUCACAACACUGAGUUUGAAAUCCACAAAACUUUUUAUUUCGGACCAAAUUUGAUUUUUUAGUAUGAUGUACAAAAAAUACAGUAAAUGAUCUGACUACUGGACCUAACCUUGUGUUAUCUUAACCCAUCUUUGAGCAAACCCAGUCCAGAAGGAUAAAUGCUGCAUGUUAAUUUGUUUCACCACCUUAGUUUUUUCUUUAUAGCUCUAGACUUUUCAUGAUCCAAUGCCAAAUCAGAGCUCCUGUAAUCCAAUAAAGAUCUGUGCAUUGUUUAUUGUGCAGGGGUGGGGGGGGGGGGGCUGUCAGGUAGGUUUUGACCAUUCGACCGGUAGCUCCUGUAGAUCCUCCUUGUAUCCCAAGCAAAUAACCAGGCUUCAGGUGAAUUCUAGCCAGCAAAACUGCUAUGACUUUUUGGAUUGAAUAGGUAGUGCUUAAUGAACAGUAAAACUCAAAAUCAACAUUAAAAUCAGUGGAACUCAAACUCAGGGUUGCAAACAACAAAGUUAGAAAAAUUAGCCUUUCAUAAAUUUGUCAGCUGAGUUAAUGUUCAAAUAAAAUUGUGAGCAGUUUCACCAUAUUUUGUUGUAGUAUUGGCUGUUGAGUUUUCAAAAUGUGGUCAUUUUUAGGAAGCCCACCAUCGAGAUGUAGUCAUCUCUAGGUGGUCAGUCAAAACUACAACAAAUAAGUCCCGUAUGAUAUAUGCCCCUAAUAUUCUAGAAUCAGUAUAAAUAUUGUCGGAAAUAUAGAAAGAACCCUGCAGUAUAUGUAUUAGCUAUUCAGGGUCUUUAUGAUGACUACGUUGAAACAAAACACUGCCAUGAUCAAACCUUAAAUGACAGAGGCAAGUGCCUUGGUUUGCCUCAUACUGGCUAUGGCCCUGACUGUAGGAAAUACAGUGCAUCAAUGAUCUGACUACUGGACCUUAAUAACGAGUGGAUUUGAAUUAGUGUAUUUGCUUUAAAUUAGUAGCCCGGGAAAGGUUUAUGCCAGGGGCGCUGUCAGAAAGGGACACCUUUUUCAUGCUUCAGGUAUGAAAGGAUAGGGAUUUCCUGAGUUAAAGUAUAUGACAGGGUAGACUAUCUGUCAUUUCGUUCUGUAAAAAGACUAACAGAAGAAAUUUGUGAAUGUAAUAUUGUCAAAAAAAAUUAACUGGUUUCUGAUUCCUUUAUAUUAAAAUGACAGUGCACAUAAAACAGUUAACAGGAAAGAUGCAUGUAAGGGGUUGGACCUCUGGGCGGAGUCUCACAGCGUGUACAAAAUUUUAUUGUAACAAUGUAAUGUUACAGUUGAGAUUGGAAAUUUACUUUAGUCACAAAACGGAUCAAACAUAUAGGAAAUGUCACAUGCACAUCACCUUUGACUGUCAGCAAAUGUUAUGCAGCUCACUAUAUUUGCUCCCCUUGCAAAUAUGGAUAAUUAUGAUGCAAAUGUGCAAAUUUAUGAUACAGCCAAAUGUCUAGAAAUUUAUUGUUUUGCUCUUAAGGCAAAUACGAGUAAACCACAUGCAAAAGUGUUCUUUUGGUAUCCUGGCAAAAACAAGAGCAAAUACCACUGCAAAUUAGGGGUUUUGCAAUAUUUUUGCCUGCAUUUGAAGUAAAGUGAAAACUGUCAUUUUUGCCAAGGAUGCAAAUUUGAGUAAACUGGUAGAAAUGUUGAAGAUUUGCCCAUGCUGCAAAUAUGUAUCAAAUUUGUAUCAAACCAUUACAUUUACUUCACUUUUGCGUAUCAAUACGUAUCUAGCAAAUAUAUGUAUUUGCCCACACUUUAGCCGACAGCGCAAAUGUAAUGCAAAUUUGGAGCUCCAAAUUUACCACAUAUUUGCACCUUUCGCAAACAUUAGUAAAUCCGUUUUUUCGUCCAGUGUUAGAACAGCCGUUUUAUGAAAAUUAUCCGACAUUAGAUUCCCAUGAUACCGGACCCUUCACCCAUCAAGAUGGCUUUCAAAACCGUCAUAAGGUCUAUAGUGUGGCUUACGGCAGUACGAAAAUUGAAUUUUUAAUAUGUCAAAACAACAGAGUAUUCUUUGCCUCUGCUUUUUCGUCAGUCCAGGUCAAAUCAAAUACAGAAUAUUCUGUAAAUUCCGUGUUCUAGAGUAUUACGUAUAUUCCAUAUUUUACAACUGAUUCCAUGUAUCCCGCCAUUCCGCCGAAUAGGGUCACCCAAAUAUUGGGGAGGACAUCAUUAAAAAAAGAUAGGAGACCGGUAGGACUUUUAAAUCGAUGAAAGUGCCUCACUCAUUUUGCAACUUCAUUUUAUAAUAUGCUUCAUAAUUUGUUUCCACAAUAAUAUUUAUGAUAUUUAGAUAAUAACCAACGCACUACGCACAACUAGUCACAUAACAUUGGACAGCAUACCAUGCACUUAAACUCUUGCGCUGGAAAGUUACAGUAUGAAAUUAUUUUUUGCUUCACUCAGUCACAUUCCUUUAUACUGAAACUUUGGCUAAAAGGUCUCUUUUUAGAUCUGUAGAUUUGUAAUUAAGUUAUUUCGAAAUACCCGCACAUGUCUUUCAACACCAACAUUGAAAGAUGAAAGUUUGUUGCUGUGAUAAUAUUGACAAAGAUUGUAAACAUCAAAUAUAAUUGGAUGUUUUAAGCCCACAUUUCUAUCACCUCUUCAACAGCAUGGAGGGGAAAUGGGGGCUUAAGGUAUUGAGCUUUUUUUCAAGCGGUAUUUCGGUAAUUUGGAUUUUAAAGUGGAGUAUUGCGGUAUCAUUUAGCCCUGCGGUAUGCGGUUUUUCAUCCUUUUGGUUAACGGUAUUCGGUAAAAGAAGAUCCUUCACGGUAUUGCGGUACUGUUCAUUGCGCUCUCCUGUUUAAUGCUAGCCUGCUAGCCCGUGUCUCCCUCGCGCGCGCCCGUUCUCUCUCGCGCCUACUACUUCCAAGCGCCUGCUGCGCAGGCUAGUUUACUGCACGUCCGUAUUUUUAAGACUUUAGAUAAAUGGUAAAUGAUUACCAUUACACAAUUUCUGACAGAUAAUCCAUGAUGAAAUUGAUAGGGAAUCUUUUUCGAUCGUUGUACCGAUCAAUUCGAGGUCGUCUCACGUUUCCCCGCAAUGGCUGAGGUUGAUUGCUGGUGCAUAAAUGCUUGGAAUAAACAAACACGCGAGAUGGAUACAACUUUAAGUAAGCAUGACCGAAAAUAAAUGCGGUAUCGGUAUUUCGUCGAUUUUUGACACGGUAUUUCGGUAUAUGCCAAUUUUUCUUACGGUAUUGCGGUAUUGGGUAUUCCAACUUCGUCAUCUUUCUUCAGGUCCGCUGACCCCUACACGUGCUGACCCGUAACGUCCGUUGGAAUGUAUGUAACGAAAUACAAGCAGCCGACAUUCAAAGUACUUGGAGACUAGCUGAGGCUGAAUUCAUCAUCAUUAAUAGGAACAACAUAAAACUGUUUCACUUCACGAUUUCUGGUGAUGGAAAGAUUGUUUUUUUAAACUUAUAUUUCACGUAUUUGUUUGGAUCCCGCUGCAGUUGGGACAAAUGAACGCUGUUACGCGACAACAUUUCCAAGAUUCAACUCUCCCUAGCAGAUGGUAAUUUCGAGUUACUCUCUUUUUCUGCAAAUCUUUCAUUUUCCUUUCUUUUUUAAUUCUAUCUACUUCUAUCUACUUCUAUUUAGGAUGGUUUUGAGCGCUUAGCAAGGCUUAAAGUGGCGUUUACCACGCUAUCCUUGGCCAUAUUGGCAACAGAGAAGUGUUUCGCCGAAGUGGCAACUUAACGGUAAAUACGGUAACUUUGAACGGUUUUUACAACGUCAGUAUACUUUGGCCGAAAAAUGUUUUUCCGAAAACGUGAUCUAUAUCCCUCCAAUGUCUGAUUCAUCACUGUGAUUGCUUUCAGCAGCGUUGGACUUUUGAGAAAUUAAUAUUUUAAAAUCAGCUCCAACGCUCCAUCUAAUUUAAUAUGCAAUAUUUGAAAAUUUAUUUUUUAUUCCCUUGGGCAGUUUUUCGAUAUUUAUCGAAUGAUAUUGCAUUAUAAGGCCUUUUUCUUCAUCACUGUGUGGUUUUCUCGUUAUUUUGCGUUGCGAUAGUGAUUUCUGAACCGUUUCUUGCGAGGGCUUAUUUUAGGCCUGAUUUUGCUGCUAUCAGACGGAAAAAGUUUGCGCCUCGAUAUUUUUGGUUUAAAGCGAAACUGAAACAAAAGAAAUUCAUUUUUGAAUAGUAUUCGGUAACCUCUACUUGGGAGAUAAAAAUCGGCCGAUUUUAUUUUUUAGCCGGAAAUCAUCGGUCGUUUCUUAGGCGCAGGGCCUCUUAAGCGGGUAUUUUUAACCCGAUAGAAGAUCAGAACUAUCAUCAGAUAACUCCUCCACGCUGGCUACCGCCAUUGGUGGAAGCAAUUCAAAUCCCGCUUCUGUGACUCAGCGUGUGACGCAUGAUCAUAGCUCUGCUCUGAUUGGAUAUUACUGAGAAGGCGUGAAAAAUAUUCCGCGAAAGCUAUUUCUAUAAAUAAUUCUUCGUUGGAAAGGGUUGACUCCAAGGGCUUAUAUGGGAGAUGGAGGCUCCAAGUAAUCGGCUCCUGGUUCUGCUUAUUAGAGAUGUCCACUAAGUACAGGUUUGUUUUUCUUCAAUUAUGGGAAGAAACGUUUUGACACAUUUUGAGCUAUUUGACUGCUGAAUACAGGGUGUCUUGCUUAAUAUGGGGUCUGCUUAAUACAGGUUUUACCGUACAAUGCAGAAAAUGAGUUAAUUAGGCUUUCACUGAGAAGGGGAGGUACAAGAUAUAGGACAUAAACAAGAAGCUAUACACAGCUUGAACUUGUUGCAGUUACUGUUGAUUUUAUUCUUAACACUUUUGAGUGCUUUCUAUAGAGAAAGAAAGAAAAGACUAGUUUCAGCAGCCGACACCUAAAGCCAUGAGUGCUUACUAGAAUGGAGAAAACUUGCUGGAAUCAAUAAGUGGCAAACACAAUAUCAAAUGGUCCUAUGCAUCCAUGAAUGCCUAAAGCUUGAAUCAGCUGUUGAAUUAUGCUGUGGUACUAUUUGCAUUCAAAGUAUUAAAAAGAGCGUUUUCCGAUUAACUAAAGCAGUAUUUUUUGCUCGAUGGAAUUUUUACAGUUAAGAUUACAGUUUAAUCGAGUAGAAGUCAAGGUGGUUUUGUAAACUCAACAUUUCCUUUACAGGCGAAUUUUUGCCAGAAAUCAAAUUCAACUUGUGACAAAAACAUCAAAGCAAAUCUUUACGAAAACUCGAGAUUUCAAUUUAAUAGCACAGAGAAAACUCUAACAGAGAAACGGUGCCUUACCUCGAGCAACCGGCCACCAUUGUCAGCGCUUACGAAGAACAACACAAGCUGUAAAAACAACCUUUUCCCUAACUUGGCCAGUCGACAGUUAAAAACAAAGCUGCUCUUUUCUUUUCAGGCGUGGAAGUACAAUUUAAACUUCUGGCGGUUCCAUAUAAAGCAUUAGGCUAUUGUUUGCCAAAGGAUUAUGUUUAAAUUGCGAUUUGAUUUGCAAUUUUUGAAAAUUCUGUAAAGAUCAAACUUUUGCGCAUGUUAAUCAAAUUAAACAUAAAUCUUUUCCUUACUGAUUUAGGAGUAUUUACCCCGCUGAGAAUGUUCAGCUUCUAUUCAUCUCGUGUUUAAUAAAGAAUAAUUGUUAAUUGUCCAAUGUGAAGUGCGAAACAAAAUAUCAGUCGAGCGGGAAAAGGUGUGUUCCCAAGAUUCCUGGUCAUGUCCUUGAGAAAAAGACUAGAAACCUUUAUAGGUUUUUUUCUUCCUCUUUCUUUCCACACGGCCGGUUCUACGGUCGCCUUUGUAGGGCCCGCGAGUUUUGUGUUCAAGGCUACUUGUCCUCUCUCUUUCCAGCUGUUCCAACAAAAACGAUGGUCACGUGGUCGCCUUAACUGUAUUUCUAUGCUUGCUUGUAAAGGACCAGUUUGUGUAGCAGUUUUAACCAAUUUCUGUGGUAGAUUCUUCGUUGAAGUAGGACAAUCUAUCAACUCAAAGUCUUUCCACUUCGGCCGCCAUUUUUGUCAUUUGCUUACUCCGCCUCGCUUUGGCGAGUUCAAUCCUGAAAGCGAGUCUUCCGGAAGUCAACAAGUUUACCGGAAACUGUUUCCGCGUGGUCCGCAUAGUUCUAAAAAUAACUUUUUUAAAAUAAAGACAUCCGGGCCAACGCCCUCAGACUCCCUCUCUGUCCUAUUAUGGUUCUUGACCACGUUAACACACUGAGUUGCAAAGAUAUCCUGUUGUUCCCUGAUUGUAUACCUUAUUUUUUUCAUUUGCGGGCUGAUACCGAUCAGUCGAUCCUUUCUCAUAGACCCAUUGCCAGUCAAGAUUCAGAGUUUCUUCAAAAUGAUAAUUUUUUUUUUUUAUCAAGUUCCAGAUCCGGUCGCCUUCUUCCCCCUUAAUGCUGCGUACGGUACCAAGGAGAUUGACAACCGAACGGAAAAAGGGAUUCCUCGAGGUGUUAUCCUGGCUCCUGGGCCCAAUGGAAGACAUAACUACUCUUAUAAGUUUUCUGGAAGCUACAACAGCUACAUCAAGUUUCCCAACAGUAUUGGAGGACCUUUGGAUGUGCGAUAUUCGAUGACUAUGCUGUGCUGGGUGUACUGUAAUGGCAAAGGCGGACCGCUUUUCAGCUACGGGAAAAGUUCAACUUGGGCUGUUCAAUUUAGGGUUUUAAAUGAAGGGAAACUUUUUGUCCAUUUCAAAAAACGUGAUUAUUCGGAAACCAAACGUUUGGAGCAUACCAACCUCGCUGGUGGAUGGAAGUUUGUUGGUGCAUCUUACGACCGUUCUUCUGGCGAAGCCAAACUGUGGGUCAAUGGAGCUGUGGUUCAGACGUUAAACAUUGGAGCGGGCCUUGAACUGGCCACACAGGAUAGCAUCAGAAUGGGUGCGAGGGCUCACACGUACUUCAAAGGCAGAAUUGCUCAGAUGCGGAUCUACAACCGAGCUUUGACUCAGGAGCAAAUUCAAGCAAUACAGAAACUUGUUGUCGCAGGUAACGAAAAAAAAAAUAAAAUAAGUAAAAUUAAAUGUUGUUUGGAAUGUGAAAAAUAUAAGUGCAUAACUUACCCGUGAUUGUCUUAUCAAUGGGUAUUGAAUAUUGACACUAUAGAAGAUCUUGCUUUAUUUUCAAUUACACUUCGACUUAAAGAACUUUUCAAAAAUAGUUUUUUUUUCAAAUGGUACUUAAAGACAGGGUUUAUUUUUUUUACACAGACUAAUUUAAGGAUAUCUUGCGAGCACAUGAUCAGUCACUGAAUUAUAUUUUAGAUCCCUGAUUGCAAGUUUCUAAGACACAAAAGUCUAUAGCUAACCAGGUUUGCUUUUAUAUUUCCUUUUCAGCAUGACCCUGGAGUGAGGUGUCAAGUUUAAACAAAAUUAAGCCAUCAUUAAGAAUGGAGCAUUCUCUGUAGCUUUAAAAAUUUCC